AUGAGUGCUGACAACUCGAACACCAAAUCCUCCUCUCAAUCCUCCUCUUCAUGGUUCUCCGCACCCUGGUGGUGGACCUUCGGAUCGGUACCAGAAAUUGAUUCCGAUUCCUUGCAUCAAUUAGUACAAUCAAAACCCGAACCACCUCUUCAAAUUAUUGAUGUUCGGACCGAAACUGAAUAUCAGGAAGGGCACAUUGAAGGCUCUAUGAAUUGUUCCUUCCUUCCUAACGUUUUCAGUUUUUCAAACCGAAUACAAGAAUUGAAAUUGGAUCCCUCUCGGCCUGUCUAUGCCAUUUGCUUGAGUGCUCAUCGUUCCAUUGCUGCCGUGAAAUGGCUCUCUCAGAAUGGAUAUCAGGCUUUUCAACUGAAAGGAGGUAUGAAAGAAUGGAGAAGGCUGAAUAAGCCGGAAGUGAAAGAUUGA